AUGGUUCAGGCCAUUGAAGUGCCAUUGGAAAAAAACAUUACCCAGAAAAGGUUCUGGCAAAUGGCCCAGGAUUUGCUUUAUACAAAGUUAUUUUAUGAUGAUUCUACUAAAACGUUCACUACAAAAAGAUACAACUGCCCCGAAGCGCCCAUAUCCACAGCUGUGGAUGGAAAGAAAUCUGGAGAAGAAUCUAUCCAUUCCAAUGGUACGUCGAUAAGCGAUGCAAAAUCCAAAAAUGUUAUAGAGUCGAAAGAAGACUUGGCACCAUGCACGGUGGAUGAAAUGAAUACAUUAUUAGUUAGUUAUCUUACGCUGGUAUCAAAUUACUGUGAUUCUCUUGCCAUAAAGGAUAAGGAUCCUGACUUUUUCAAAAAGGUGUCGCAAUACAUUCUUAGUUAUAACAAUUAUGAAAGAUAUCAGACAUUUUGCGUCCGAAAAAUGCUCUCGCUAGUCCUAUAUGCGGUCAACUCGAAUGCACAGAAUUUACAACUAAAAUCAGAUAGGCUUUCCAAGGACCUUUGUGCGAGGGUUGUCCAAACUAUUGAAACUAAUGAGAAAUUUCUCAAGAUUAUAGGAUGGAUAUUUUAUUCUAGUUACAAUUUGCUUAAAGAACAGUUUGUCACAAUUUUAAAAUCAUACAGAGGAAUUGAAGCUAUACUCAAAGUGCUCAACAAUUAUUGUUCUGUUUCCAAAAAUGUUGGUGAUGAUGAUCCAUUUGAAGAAGAUUACUUUCCAUAUUUGGAACUAGUGUUCAAAAUAUGUCAAGGUUUGGAGCUAAAGCCCGAACAGUUAGACAUUAUCAAUGCGGAAUUUUUGAAAUUUGCUGCUAAACACCUAAAUGCUGAAACAGAAGAGGAAAACCAAUUGAAUUAUGUGAAGUUCCGUCUAUUGUUAAUCUUAAAUGAACAAUACAUGGUUAGGCAGUAUACGCAGAAGGAUGCUGAUAAAAGCCAAAUAUAUAAGAAUCAGCUUUUUUGCGUAUUGGUUGAGAAUGGUCACAUAUUCCAGAACUUCAUGGAAGUUUUGGUGCUCAAUUUCAACAGGGAGACAAACCCCACGGUACAAAUUCUAAUGCUCAAAGCGCUCUAUGUUGUUUUCACUACUUCUUCAACGUGCCAACUGAUAUAUCUCAAUGACCUUGAAGUAAUUAUGGAUAUCAUGAUCAGGGAGUUAUGCAAUCUUUCGCUUGUAAAGGAUGGAAUACUCAUCAACACAUAUCUGCGAGUUCUCUACCCAAUGCUGCUCUUUUCUAAUUUGAAUGGCAAGAAGUACAAGGUGGACAGUCUACGCUCAAUUUUGAGGUAUCUUUGUACAUCUGAACAGACAAAUGAGACCACAGAAAGGUUGGCCAAGAGAUGUCUUGAGCUUGACAUUUUUCAGCAAGAAGCAACCAACUUUCCGGAACCGCUGGAGGAAAAUGAUGGUGAAAGUAGUGACAGCAGCUCCGUUACAACAGUAAAAUCAGCUUCCCCAGCUAUGUAUCCAGUGCAGCAUUCAUCUAUGUUCAUGCUUAGCAAGGAUAAGAAGAAGAGCAUGAGCAGCAGCCAAUCACUUCCUGCAAUGUCUAAAGGCAGACGUUCACAAUCUCUGUGUCAAAAGGCACCUGUACCUCCGAGACCUCGGAACUGGUCUUCCGCCAAUUCUGUUCCACCUGUAUUCGUGCAAAGGGUUGAUUCUGGCUCAUCUCAGGCCUCCAGUGUUGAUAGCAUUAACACUACAGCAAGCAUGUUUGUUACAGAUAGCUACAUUGACAAAAAUAAUAGUUCGUUUGCUAUCAGGUCAACCCCUGUUCUUGUGCAAAAUAAACCAUCUGCGAAGAAAUUUGCCCCACCUCCACCACCCAGAAGAAAGACGGCAAGCUCUUCCGAUAUUCAGCUUAGUAGAGUCAAGGUUUUCAAAUGA